CCUGGAAUUUGUAGUGGGGGAAAGAAAAGACCAAACAAACAAGGAGAGAGAGAGAGAUCCCAACUGUUCUGGAAAAACAAAGAGCCAUUCUCCACACCCCCUUUGGCCAUUGCUUGUCUCCUCUUUCUACCUCCAGUUAUAAGAUCUACCUCACUGAAUCCUGUCUCAGACUGGGGUUUCCCUCAAGAUUUUUCCACCUAGAGGCUAGGAGAAGAGUCUCCAUAUUUGUUUGCAAGAUCGCCCACAGGAAAGAACUAUCAGGAACGAAACUACUGCCAAGAUUGAGUGAAAGGGAACAUGCAGAUGGAGAAUUCAUCCAAAGAAAACACUCAGCUCUUUACAAGAAACACAGUCCUGUCCAUCGACAGGUCUUCUGCAAGAUCAGAAUCCUCAGCUUCAAAGGAGAAAGGAACAAUCUCUGGAGGAAUAAAGAUUUUUCUUGCUGCGUUAUCAUUUGUUUACUUUGCAAAAGCUCUGUCAGGAAGCUACCUGAAAAGUACCAUCACCCAGAUAGAAAGAAGAUUUGACAUCCCUUCGUCUCUGGUUGGCCUAAUAGAUGGCAGCUUUGAAAUUGGGAACCUUUUAAUAAUAAUUCUGGUAAGCUACUUCGGAGCCAAGCUUCAUAGGCCAAAGAUCAUUGGGGCCGGUUGCCUCAUCAUGUCUGUCGGGACAUUUCUGAUAGCCAUGCCACAGUUCUUUAUGGGACACUAUAGGUAUGAGAUAUUUUCUUCCUCCUCCAAUUCAACUGUCAGCAUAUCCCCGUGUCUACAGGAUCAGAACCCAAUACCGGUCUCUAUCUUGGAAAGAUCUCAGGCGAAAAUCCAUGGAGGGUGUGAAAAGGACACCGGAAUUUCCAUGUGGAUCUACGUUUUGCUGGGUAAUCUACUGCGUGGAAUUGGGGAAACACCAAUCCAGCCUUUGGGAAUUGCAUACAUUGAUGACUAUGCCACAGAAGAGAGUGCAGCCUUUUACAUCGGGUGUGUGCAGACCGUUGCAAUAAUAGGCCCCAUCUUUGGCUUCCUAUUGGGGUCUUUGUGUGCCACACUAUAUGUAGACAUUGGCUUUGUAGACAUGGACAGCAUCACCAUAACUCACCAGGACUCCCAGUGGGUAGGGGCUUGGUGGCUUGGUUAUUUAAUUGCCGGGGUGGUCAGCAUCCUUGCUGCAAUCCCUUUCUGGUUCUUACCAAAACAUCUCCCAAGGCCAGAGACCCAAAAGGAUUCCAGCACUUCCUCUGAACAAUCCAAGUUCUUCACCGAAGAUAGCAGAGAACAUUGCGUCGCCUACCAAGAGGAAGUCAAGUUUCUAGAGAUGGCGAAAGAUUUUCUGCCUUCGUUGAAAAGCCUCUUUGGGAAUCCAGUGUAUUUUUUACAUCUCUGCUCCAGCAUCAUCCAGUUUAAUUCUCUCAUUGGCAUGGUGACUUACAAACCAAAAUAUAUUGAAGAGCAAUUUGGACAAUCAUCUUCAAAAACCAAUUUUGUCAUAGGUCUCAUUAAUAUUCCUGCUGUGGCCCUUGGGAUAUUCUCCGGAGGGCUGAUCAUGAAGAAAUUUAGGCUGAAUGUCUUGGGGGCAGCUAGGCUGUCCUUAGGAUCCUCCUUCUUUGGUUACCUGCUCCUCCUCUCGCUCUUCGCCAUGGGUUGCAAGAAUGCUGAUGUGGCAGGCUUGACCAUCUCCUACAAAGGCCACAAUCAGGUGGAACGAACUCUGUUUUCUGAGUGCAACUCAGGAUGCAUCUGCUCCAACAAUGAAUGGGACCCCAUAUGUGGGGAAAACGGAAUCACCUACAUCUCAGCUUGCCUCGCUGGCUGCAAAACAUCCAAUGGAAGUGGGAAGAACUUGAUAUUUCAUAACUGCAGCUGUGUGGAAAUCACAGAAUUUCCAUCAAGACUUUCUUCAGCUGUGGUAGGACCAUGCCAAAAAGGAAAUGAAUGUCCAAAAAUGUUUCUCUAUUUUCUGGUCAUAUCAGUAAUCACAUCCUAUACACUGUCGAUUGGAGGCACCCCUGGAUACAUUUUACUUCUAAGAUGCAUCAACCCACAACUUAAAUCUUUUGCACUCGGCAUCUAUACUUUAGCCGUCAGAGUUCUUGCAGGAAUCCCAGCUCCAGUAUACUUUGGAGUAUCAAUAGAUACAACCUGCCUCAAAUGGGGAAGCAAAAGGUGUGGAGGUCAAGGUGCUUGCCGGCUGUAUGAUUCUAAUGCGUUUAGGUAUAUCUAUCUGGGUUUGACUGUGGUUUUGGGCACCAUGUCCACAUUCUUAAGUGUUGCUGUCCUGAUUGUUCUGAAGAAAAGGUAUAUUCUACACAAUGAAAACAUCACAAUCAGCGGGCGGGGAGAGGCGACAUCUGUCCAAAGCAGGAAAAGUGACUUUAUCAACAGUGACCAUUUGAUUCAGACAACCUACUGGUCAGAGAAAGAAACACGACUUUAGGAAGACUUGAUGCAUUUUAAGCGGAUUCUGUUCCAAGCGGGAAAUUCUGACCUAUGCUCCAUGCUCCUGUGUUAAUGUGCUUGGAUAAGGGGGUGGGGUGUAACUUGUUGCUAAAUAUGAUAAGCUUCCAA